GCUAUUCAAAAUGGCACCCUCUCAAUCAGGAAGUAAGGAAAACAACUAGGAAGACUAACUUGGAUAAAUAUCCCAGUUUGAGCUACUUCGACCCGAGUGCUCGUUCAAAAUCAGGCGAUUGUCUUCGUGGAUAAGACUAACUGCAAAUAGCCCACUAACGGUCAUGGAGAGCACUUGUCCUUGUUGAAGUACUGACUCAGACACAGCCAGCUCGUGGGUGGCGGUAGAGGGGUGCAUAGUCUAAGUCUGCUGGUAGUCAUGUGUGAAGCUCUGGUCUGAUGUCCACCCUUACCUCAGUGCUGGCCAUGGACGGGGAGAACUACCUGCAUCCAGAAGGCCCUCAGCUGAACAGCAGCAUGUUCUCAGUGGGCGCCUCAAACAUGGAGAGUUCAAUAUUUACCUCCUCUGGUACCUGGGGACCCUUUUCUCAGCAGCCUGGAUACUGCCCUAUGCAAUCUGGAAACCAGCAAUACCACUUGAAUAACAGCACUACCACCAACAUUCCUGAUAUGCACAUGAGCAUGUACCCGGGAUUCUCUGACAUGGACUUUCCCGGCCUCCCUAAAAAUGGGAAUGGAGACUUCUCCCAGGACCUGUCCUGCAUUGAUGACCUCUCAAACUCUUUGUUCUCCUCUCCGGCGGACUCGCUGUCGGAGUACGCCGACACCCAGUCCUACAUCCCCGCAAGUCACCCGGAUCCAGUUCCGACACUCUGGGACAUUAACACUAGCCCCGCCACCACACAAGCACAGAGCCACUUAGAGCAAAAUGGCGACAGGUUUCAAGGCUUGACCAGUUUGGAAGAUAUUUCUGCUAUAAUCAGCACGCAAGCUUUAGGACUCCAGACUCCAGUAACACAACCACCACCAGAAGAAGAAGAGGAGGCUGAGGAGGAGGAACCAGAGGAGCUCGGCCAUGUUGACACAUACGCAGAGUACAAACCCUCAAAAUCCACAAUAGGAAUUUCACAUCCUGACAUUGUCGUGGAAACCAACACGCUGUCCAGCGUCCCUCCUCCGGACAUCACAUACACUCUAUCUAUCCAGGACUCAACUAUUAACAGUGGCCUGCUGUCUGCACUGCAGUUAGAGGCCAUUAUCUACGCCUGCCAGCAACAUGAGGUGAUUCUCCAGAACAACCAGAGAGCAGGCUUCCUGAUUGGAGAUGGGGCAGGCGUUGGAAAGGGACGCACCGUGGCAGGAAUCAUUCUGGAGAACUACCUUAAGGGACGAAAGAAAGCACUGUGGUUCAGCAUAUCCAAUGACCUGAAAUACGACGCAGAGAGAGAUCUCAAAGACAUAGAUGCAGGAAAUAUCCCGGUGCAUGCCUUAAACAAGAUAAAGUAUGGAGACACAGCUACCUCAGAAGGAGUCCUGUUUGCAACUUACUCUGCACUCAUCGGAGAGAGCCAGGCAGGAGGCCAGCACCGGACGAGAAUCAAACAGAUCCUGGACUGGUGCAAGCAGGACUUUGAUGGAGUUAUUAUUUUUGAUGAAUGCCACAAAGCCAAGAACGCCACAUCCACAAAAAUGGGCAAGGCAGUUCUUGACCUGCAGAACAAGCUGCCACACGCCAGAGUGGUGUACGCCAGUGCCACAGGUGCCUCUGAGCCAAAGAACAUGAUUUAUAUGAGCCGCCUGGGAAUCUGGGGCGAGGGAACACCCUUCAGGACCUUUGAUGACUUCCUGCAUGCCAUUGAGAAGAGAGGGGUCGGGGCUAUGGAGAUCGUGGCCAUGGACAUGAAAGUGAGCGGCAUGUAUAUUGCCAGACAGCUGAGCUUCUCUGGCGUUUCUUUCCGCAUCGAGGAGAUCGGCCUGGACAGCGACUUCAAAGAGGUCUACAACAAAGCCGCCAAGCUGUGGGCGGAGGCAUUGAAAAUGUUCAUGCAGGCUGCUGACGAGCUGGGGCUGGUCAGCAGGAAGUCCCUGUGGGGACAGUUCUGGUCAUCUCACCAGCGCUUCUUCAAAUACCUUUGUAUCGCUGCCAAGGUGCGCUGCUUGGUGGAGCUGGCUCAGAAGGAGCUGGAGGCUGGAAAGUGCAUCGUAAUCGGGCUGCAGUCCACUGGAGAAUCACGCACCAGAGAGGUCUUGGAUGAAAACGAUGGGCAUCUUGACAGAUUUGUUUCUGCAGCAGAGGGAGUAUUCCAGUCUCUUGUAACAAAGCACUUUCCUUCAGAGAAACAAAGGAGAGAGAAGGCACCAGGGAAUAAAAGAAAAAAAGGGAAGCCUCGAGGUCGCCAGGCAAAGAUGCCCAAGCACACAGUGGACAGCGGCGGAGUGAUCAACAUCUCUGACGACAGCAGCAGUGACUCUGAGGGGAUGGACACCGACUCCAACUCUUCGCCAGACUCCCUGCAAGACAACGAUGACGUCAUCUUUGUUAACCACACUAGCCACCAGUCAGCUAGGAUAGAGGAGAUGAAGCACAGCCUGCUCAAUAAAAUUGCUGAACUGGGAAAAGAACUACCUCUCAACACAUUGGAUGUGCUUAUAGAUAGGUUUGGAGGACCAGAUAAAGUUUCUGAGAUGACUGGACGUAAAGGUCGCGUGGUGCGGCGUCCAGACGGCACCGUUCGCUACGAGUCCCGGGCCGAGCAAGGCUCCACCAUCGACCAAAUCAACAUCAAGGAGAAGGACCGCUUCAUGUGUGGAGAAAAGUUGGUGGCCAUCAUCUCAGAAGCAGCCAGCUCAGGGAUUUCCCUGCAGGCCGACAAACGAGUGAAGAACCAGAGGCGAAGGGUCCACAUGACCUUGGAGCUGCCGUGGAGUGCAGACCGGGCCAUCCAGCAGUUCGGUCGCACUCACCGGUCCAAUCAAGUCACAGCACCAGAGUACAUCUUCCUCAUCUCAGAGUUGGCCGGGGAGAGACGUUUCGCAUCUAUUGUGGCCAAAAGACUCGAGAGCCUGGGUGCUUUGACCCACGGUGACAGGAGAGCCACUGAAUCGAGGGACCUGAGCAAGUACAACUUUGAGAACAAGUAUGGUACCAAGGCCCUGGAUAAAAUCACCAAAUCAAUCAAUGGAUACAUAGAAAACAAGGUGCCUCCUCCCAAAGGAUACCCCGAAGGGGACGCCAUGUUCUUCAGAGACAUGAAAGUUGGAAUGAUGGAUGUGGGCAUCAUCUGUAAGGAGCCUCGCUUUGGCAUCAGUACUGAGAAAGACUGCAGCAUCACCAAGUUCCUGAACCGCAUCCUGGGCCUGGAGGUCCACAAGCAGAACUACCUCUUCCAGUACUUCACAGAUAACUUCGACUACCUGAUUGAGAAGGACAAGAAGGAGGGAAAAUACGACAUGGGAAUCCUAGAUCUGGCCCCCGGCAAUGAUGAGAUUUAUGAGGAGAAGCAGGAAACUUUCCUGACAGUCGGAAAUCCUCAAGAUGGACAGGUUGUUCUUUAUAAGAUCAGCGUGGACAGAGGAAUGCCGUGGGAGGAGGCGUACAACAGGUCACUGAAGCUCACCGGUCCUGAAGAGGGAUUCUACCUUUCCCAUAAGCUGCGAGGUAACAGCCCGUGUGUGCUGCUGGCCGAGCAGGGAAGAGGUAAAAACUUCAACAUCUACAAGCCCAACAUUGGCAAGCAGACGCAGCCUGAGAGCCUCAGCAACCUGCAGCAACGUUACAGAAAGGUUACUUUCUUGGAGGCCAGGGAGAGCUGGGAGAACCAGUUCACCUUUUCCUUUAAGAACUGCAGCCACGCCAACUGGAAUGGGAAGUGUAAGAAAAUCGAGGAGGGCCAGGAGUGCCUGGCGGGCAUGCGUCUCCGCCAGUAUCACAUGCUGUGCGGAGCUUUGUUACGGGUGUGGAAGCGGGUCUCCGACGUCGUGUCCGACAUCACCAGCUCCAGCAUUCUGCAGAUCGUCCGCCUCAAAACCAAGCAGCACAACAAGCAAGUCGGCAUCAAGAUCCCAGAAAACUGCGUGGCCCGCGUGCGCGAGGAGCUGAUGCAGAUGGACGAGGAGGUGAAACGGAGGCGAAAGGAGAAGGAGCAGCAGGAGCGCAUGCGCAAAAUGGAGCAGGAGAACAAGCACCUUCUGGAGAACCUGUUCAGCCAGAAGCCCAUCCAAAACCAGUCGCUCGCCCAUACUCUGGUGUCCAACCCGUUCCCCAAACAGAACCUGAACGCUCUGCAGAGGACUCAGCUCGGCAGCUUCUCCCAGCCGUCCUCCCACAGCCCAUCGCUGUUCGCUCUCAACGGCUGGUCCAACAACUCCUCCUCCUCCUCAUUGCCCUCUUCCUCCUCCGCCACCAACGGCCAGGUCUGCCAGCCCAGCCACAGAUUCCCGCCGUUCUACGGCUCGUCAUCUUUCAUGUCUUUCCCUCAAUCCAAGAACCCGCCGCUCCAGCUCACCCAGUUCCCGCCGGCUGCUCUUCUGUCUUCCAAGAGCCCUCUGGACGAAAUCUUGGACCUGACCGUGAGCCCGCCUUCUUCGUCUCCGGACAGCACCACGGCCAACCCGGCCGCGUUCGUGGAUGAUUUCAACCUGGACGUUCUCUUGGGCCAGACGCCGCCGGACAUGUUGACCGCCCCGCAGACGCAGCUGCCCCAUCUCGACCUGCAGCACAUCCUGCAGCACACGUCGGAGACGGCGGCGACGCCGUCCAGCCAGUUUGACCUGCAGCGCGCGCCGGAGCCGCAGCAGGAGCAGCAGACGCAGGUGCAAAGCCGCGACUUGUUGGUCAACAACCACCAGGACAUACUAGAGCUACUUUGCGCGAACCUGUCUCCGCCCCCGCCCGCGCAGAAAGCCAUCUCGUCGUCUUCCGCUCUGCCCCACUACCCCAAUCCGUCCUCCUCGUCCUCGUCAUCCUCCUCCUCGUCCUCGCUGUACUCCAGCGCGGCGCACUCCUCCUGCUUUACGGCGAACCCGCUGCUGCCGCUCUCGGACCCUUUACCCAACGGCCAGUGCGGCGCGGGCGCGCUGGACGUCCGCGAGGCUCUGAACAGCAUGCUGCAAGCCGGACCCGACCGCAAGUCCGUCAUCCAGUACCGUCAGCAAGACUGAGAGCUCAAAUCGUUACAAACUGUCUGGAAUCUGUCCUUUUUUUUUUUUUUUUUUUUUUUUGGUGUUUUGGUUUUUGUGUUUUUUUUUUUUUUUUAAAGCAGAUCGCAUCUUGUUUGCUGCUGUCUAGAAUCUGUCCUACCCUCCUUCCUCUCCCCCCCGACCCUCUGACCCCCUGAACCCCUCAGGGCCUAUAGUCACGUCACUGCCUGUCCUGUGCUGGACCCCCUCCCGCCCCCUGAGGUGAUGGCAGACUCAGUCGAUAGCAGAUUUCUGCACCAAAGUGUGCCCUACACAGUAAAAGGCAGCUGUUUUACAAGUAAAAAACAAAACAAAACCAAAAAAAAACUAACCACCUUUUAGUGGGAAAAAAAAACAGGAGCUGUCAAGAAACACAAAACUUAUUCACUGAGGCAUGGAAAUUUUUAAAAACAAACAACAACAACAAAUCCCGCUGCUGAUUCGUAACGAGUGAAGUUGCUGGAAGCUCUAAAAACGUCUCUCACCAUUUACAACUUUUGCUAUUUCUGUUACUUUUCUGGGGGGAAAACAUGUAUGCUGAGUUUGAGUGAAACAAAACAAAACAACAGAGAGAGAGAGAGAAAGAGAAAACAUGAAAUCUUUUUAGCUGGUUAGCCACGAAAUGCCUCCUUCUUCUGUUAUUUCCUCCACAUCGUCCCUCCUGGUUCUCUCCCUGCUUCUAUGAACACUAGCGCGAGGAAGAAGAAAGGGAGGAAGAUCAGCCUGCUGUUGCGACAAACAGUGCCUUCAGAGGAAAACCUAUAAAUGCAGUCUUUAAUACUCCUUGUAGCCUAAUGUAUAGAUUUGUACUCUUGAGCGGUGGUUUUAUUCUUAAUUUAAUACAUGUUUAUUUGUAUUUAACUUUGACCCCAUGAAUGAGUGAGUGAGUGAGUCAGCCGCCAUUUAGUCGGUUCUUUCCUGGUGUAAAGUUGUCUGCUUUGCUGCUCUUUGGUUGGAAAACAAAUCAGGGGAAGGAUUCAAGGUGUCGAGAGGUGAAGCGAGUGGACAGACUCGCACACGACAGCUUGGCUAACACCUGGUUAGACGCUUGGAGGUUAUCAGGUCUCUGAAACGGAAAACACUACGCUCAGAGAAGCCCCGUCAUGUUCUCGCACCAGGACCUCUGGACCAGAUUGCAUCUCUUCUUCUCUGUUGUUGCCCUCCUCCUCCUCAUUUCUUCAUCCUCAUCCGCCUCCUUCCUGGUCAAAAUCUCCGUCUUGUCUCGAUUUUUUUAUUUAUUUUUUUUUUGUAGCACUCCUCCGAUGCAGAUUCUGUUUUAUAUUGGAGCUCUUUGAGUGUUUGUAAAUGUGUGUUUGUCCUCUUGAAUUUGUUUCCCUCUGUAGGCAUGGGCUGGUAUGAGAUUCUCGUGUAAAAAUCACAAUAAAAUUUUCAAUGAAACAGAAAAGAAGCGAUUUCUAACUAAAAUAUAGUCAAAUAUUUAUUAUUAUUAUUGCUUUAUAAAAUAAUUCUAUCUAUUAGAUUUAUGUGUUUAUCAGCAGGAAUACUUUUCAGCCAGCUGACCAGUAGUGAGCAGCGGUACUCAUGUGACGCAACUUUAAACUGUCAACCUUGAUAACUGUAACCAGCUCAUGCCUCGUUUCAGUCUCUAAAACCCGUGGAAAAACACAGAAAGUCGCGGUUUUUGUCUCUUGUUUUUUUUUUUUUGUUUGUUUGUUUUGUUUUGUUUUUUUCAUUUCUAUCCAUCAUCUUCGACAUAGGAAAACAGAAAGGCUGAGCAGCUAUGCUGUCCUUUUUCAGCUCUCAGCGUGUAUGAUGUUUCCUAAACCUAACAUCUGGUGAUAUUCGUGUGUGAAAACAAUGCACUGUAGCUGGUUCGUGACAAAUUGCCAGAAGUUCAACUUGUCGAAAAAGCAAUAACCAAUACAAUAGUUUUGAAACGAAACAACAACAACAACAAAAAAAAACGUUUACGCUCCAGCAGGCAAAGCUUUGCGGCUGUAGUCGUAGUUGUGGUUUGAAUCCUUAUUUCCGUCACGUUCGUUUUGUAAAGUACACUUUGACUCGGUGAGCGUGACGAGCUGGUGUUUCACGUAUUGCUAUUCUGAAACCUAUUGUUAUUUAUAUUUAAGGGAUAUUUAGAUUUUAGACAUGUUAUCUUCUUAUAGUAGUCCGUGGUAUAUUUUGGUCAGGGAAGUUACUUUGUGUUGAAGAUUGCUUAAGAGUAAAACAAAUUUUUAUUAUAACCUGCCACCAAAUAAGAUUGCACUGUUCUGUACUGCUGUACAGUGUCUGGGUUUAUUUUAGCUCCCGCUGUCCUCUCGACCCGUUCGUCCCAGAAAUACCAAAGUGUUCCACAGACAGACACCCCUAAAGAUACUGGCUCCAACAUGCGAGACCUUUUAUCAAUCUCAGGAAGAAACCCACCGUGUCAGGGCGUUCACACGAUUAUAUUGUUUUUUUGUUGUUUUCUUUUCCCUUGUAACAGUGAUGAAACUAAUGCUUCUGGGGUUUGUUUGUUUGUUUGUUUCUUAACUCUGUGCUGUGACUCUUGCUGUAUUUAUGUUGGAGAUUUAAUGUGAUUACUUUAUUUGUCCUUGUGAAAAUGCUAGUGAUUUUAAAUGUUUAUGCCAUCUUAGGGCAAAGAUCAAAGCCUCUUUCGUUUAAGAAAUUUUACCUUUUCUGCGGACAAUUCUAUUUUUAUCCAUUUUUUUUAGCUUCAUUCACACCUGGGAUAUAUUUUAACACAGAAAUAACAGAUCUAAGCCUUUCCCACCUCAUUUCACAGAUUGUUAAGACUCACUCAAAGCAAUUAUUUCUCUUUCUCAUAUUUCUCUUCAGGCACAUUCCAAGACGUCAGUCUGCAAAAGCUUUCUUUGUGUUUUUUUCUUUUUUUUUCUUUGUUUGUUUGUCACAAAAGUUAAAGCUUUACGUGUUUGAGGGAUUUAUAGAUAUAUAAAUUUAUAUUUACAGCAAUUUCAUUGUUUUAUUUGCUUAGGUAGGCCUUUAAUCAUAUAUCAUUUUUGCACUAAGAAUGGCAUAAUCCAGUUACUGUUUGUGUUGGCUAUGAUUGAGCAGUGCAAGCUUGGCGUCUCUGUUCUUUACACUUGCUCUCUGUAUACUGUAACCAUGUUUCUCGUUCCUUCACCAUUUGCAUAUUAUUAUAUAAAUGUUAUCACUCUGAAAUAAUUUAUUGCUAACAAAAAAAAUGACACAAAAACAUGCUACUGAUUGUAUGUAUUUUUAAACAAAGCCUAUUUUUUCUGUAAAAAAAAAAAUAAGACAAAAACUGUGUUCAGCACUUUUAUUCUGGGUUUUGCUUUUGUUUUCUAUAUAUUUAUAAUUUAGAUCUAAAUGUAUAUAUUGUAAAAUUUGUGCCUUUCGACUAAUUCUUUAAGAAAAGGUUUUCUACUCAUUAAAGGAAGGACUAUAUGAAACUGCAAUCUUAACUUUGUAAACAAAUAAAAACUUGAAGAUUGC